CCAAACUACGUUCCCUUCAAAGCCUUCAAGGAUGCUUUUAUUUUGAUAUGUAGAAAGGAUUUAUUUGUGAAGUUUUCAAAAGCGGAAGUUCCGGGUAGGCUCGCUGCAGGCAGCUUCAGACCUUCAAACAAACCUUCCCAACCUACUGUCCUCGGUCAGUGUCGCAGUGCGGUGUGAAGGGACGGAUGAACCUGCACCCACCUGGAUGUUGAAUGUUCGGGCUCUGUUUGGGAUCGGCUUCCUGGUGACCUCCCGAGUGGCAGCGUCCCUCUCCCAGGGUGGGACAUGCUCUCUUUCCGCUGCAGCUGACCACCACAAGGACUGUUUUGGCAGCAGAGCGGCGUCCACAAUGGCCCACAAAAUCAAGUAUCUCGGGCAGGAGGAGGCUCAACACAUCGACGAGGAGCUCUUCAGCGAGUAUGGCUUCAGUGUGGACCAGCUGAUGGAGUUGGCUGGACUCAGCUGCGCAACAGCCGUCACACGGGCGUAUCCUGUUGCCUCUCUGACCAAAGCCAGACCCACUCUGCUGGUGGUCUGUGGACCGGGAAACAACGGGGGCGACGGACUGGUCUGUGCCCGACACCUCAAGCUGUUUGGGUACGAGCCCGCCAUCCUGUACCCCAAAAGGCCCAACAAGCCUCUGUUCCAGGGUCUGACCACACAGUGCCAGAAGAUGGAGAUCCCUUUCCUAACGGAGAUGCCGGAGGCGGAAGUCAUCAACGAGGCUUACAACCUGGUGAUCGACGCCAUCUUCGGCUUCAGCUUUAAGGGCUCGGUGCGGGAGCCGUUCGCCUCCAUCCUGGACGUCCUGAAAAAAACCACGGUGCCCAUCGCCAGCAUCGACAUCCCGUCAGGUUGGGACGUCGAGCAGGGCGCCGCCGACGGCCUUCAGCCGGACACUCUCAUCUCCCUCACCGCCCCGAAGAAGGCAGCGUCCAUGUUCAGAGGCCGGUACCACUUCCUGGGGGGUCGCUUUGUGCCCCCCGGCCUGGAGAGGAAGUACCAGCUGAACCUGCCGCCGUACCCCAACACCGACUGUGUUCUGCAGCUGUAGGAGCCGCUGUCCCAGAGGGGAUGGUUGUGCUGUUCCAGCGUUUAGACUGAGCCCUGGCGCGGCCUCUCUGCUGCUCUGAGGAGCCAGCUCCUGCUCCAGAUCAUGAGUUUGAUUUGUGAAAAUAAAAUGUCAACAUACA